AUGGAUGCUUGGGCUAUGAAUUGCAAUAGGGCAGGAUCAGUAUGCCAAGAUCCACGAUUCGUGGGUGCUUAUAGCAUUGCCUUCUACUUCCAUGGCAAGAGGGAUCAAGACUUAUGCAUAGUUUCCGAUUCAAAUCUACACAUCAAUGCUCACUUCACUGGAAAUAGAUAUCAGGACAUGAAGAGGGACUUUACAUGGGUUCAAUCCCUCGGCAUUCUCUUCGAUAACCAUCGAAUCUUUGUUGGUGCCAAGAAAACAGCAACUUGGGACAAUACCAUUGACCGUCUAGACCUAAACUUAGAUGGAAAACCAAUCUACUUAUCCGAAGGAGAAGGUGCUAACUGGGAAUCAAUAACAGCACCUGGUGUUUCAAUCACGAGGUCUCGCGACACGAAUACUGUGACAAUUGAAGUAGAAGGGAACUUCCAGAUUAAAGCAACUGUGGUGCCCAUCACCAAAAGAGAGUCAUGGAUCCACGAGUAUGGCAUCAAUGAAGACUAUUUUGCACAUCUUGAUUUGGGAUUUAAGUUUUAUUCAUUGAGUGGUGCUGUGAAUGGAGUUUUGGGACAGACUUACUCCAGCAACUAUACUAGUAGGGUGAAGAUGGGAGUAGACAUGCCUGUUUUGGGAGGGCAAAAGGAAUUUUCCUCAUCAAGCCUCUUUUCAACUGACCGCGCAGUAGCUAAAUUCAGUGGAAUUGCUUUGGCCUCUUCCAAGAAGUUUUUUUUUUUUUGUCAUUUGCCGCUAUUUUAUUUACUAGUGUGA